AUGGACAUCUCCAGUUUGAUGUCGAGGCUGGACGAAGCGAGUGCUUCUCUUUCCGUCAAAAAUGAACUAAGCGAGAACCAGCGAGUUCAACUUCAUCAAGCCUGUGAGAAGCUUUCAGGAUGCCUAGCGACGCCUGGAGAGCAUAUCAUGAAGACCUCUUCUGGGUGUAUCGAGCCUGCCUUGAUCCGAGUGGCAAUAGAAAGAGGAAUUCUCGACCUUUUCAACGAUGAUCAAAACGAAUUCGAUGAAAUUGAAAUCGCCACCCGAACCAAGACCCACCCGAUCCUGACAGCCCGACUUCUACGAUGCUUGAUUAUGUUGAGGAUUGUCGAUGUAACGCCAGAAGGUCGUUGUAAAUCAAACAGCUUUACCUCGAGUUUUAAGCCUGGCACGCCAACUCACGAUUAUGUCCUUUUAUUCAGUGGAGUGUAUUUACCACUCUUUGGAAGGCUCCCCUUGUACCUCCAAAAAACCGAGUACAAAGUACCCGACGAUAUUAAUUCAGGACUGCUCCAAGACACCUUCGACACCAGACUGCCCUUCUGGGACUGGAUGGAAGCGCACAAAGGGGAGCACGAUGCAUUUCACCGAUUGAUGGAAGCAACCGGUAGUUCCAAUGGAGACGCCUGGACGAAGUACAUUCCUGAAGAAUGGUACUCCAAGCAUCUCAGUUCAGUCAUAACAGGCAAUGGAAGCUUCGCAUUCGUUGAUGUGGGCGGGAGCCAUGGUCAUGAGAUGAAAGCUUUUAUGCAGCAAUUUCCAGCCAUUAAAGGUCGUUACAUUCUUCAAGAUCUUGGUGGUGUAAGUGAAAAGACUCGGGUUCAGACAGGACACGGCUCUUUGUGCGAGGAUGUUCUUCGACAGUCUGAUGGAAUUGAAAAGAUGUCCCACAGCUUCCUGGAUCCACAGCCAGUUCGAGGUGCAAAUAUCUACCUCUUGUCUCGCAUCUUGCAUGACUGGCCUGAUCGGGAGGCCCGGAAAAUUCUUGGACAUCUCCGUGAUGCCAUGAGCAAAGAAUCGACUCUAUUCAUCUGGGAACGUGUAUUUCCUGAUCGCCUUAGUAAGGUGUCUCCAAUGGAUGUAUUAUGCGAUGCUUCCAUGAUGGCGUUUUUCUCUGCGGCUGAGCGUUCGGAGAGUCAGUUUAGAGAUCUGUUGGAGUCGACUGGACUUUCGCUUGUCAAUGUUUGGCGAAAGGAGUCUGCUGGCGAGGAUACGCAAGCUGUCUUGGAGAUUGUGUUGGGAGAUUGA